AUGGGCCAGCGAAAUUAUUUUUUUUCACACGAUCAACCCCCUUUGUUGAUCUUCUCCUUCAGCGUUUUUCAACACCUUACUGUAUCUGUUUUAACCCCAGGCAAACUACCCGCUAACUUCCUUGUACUCUUCCCCAAUCACCUUCCCUUCCGUAUUUUUGCAUCUCACUCAUCGAUGCUGAGAAAAAUUGUGACGGACCUGAACAGGCUGGAACCUGCACUUGCGCAGCCCCAAUGUGAUAAGCAUUGCAUUAAUUCCCCCAUUUUCAAAAGGAUGUCAGCCGAUUCAAACGAAGAAAUAUACAAAGAGAUUCUGGAUGACCACGCGAACUCUCAGACAUCUAUCUCGACAGCUCAAUUGAAAACUCCAUCCUUCAAUUUCCAUUCGCCCUCCGAACUGCUUUCUCAACGUGUGCAUCGCGAAUUCUGA